AUGAGGCAAAGAGAAGGUCCAAGGCCGUUCCGAAGCCUAGAUUCAUGGUUUACACAUGAAGUCUUUCUUAGUUUCGUGAAGGAGGAAUGGAGAGGUCUGAAGGAGAUGCAGUUCACUGACAAGUUGAAGGCUUUGACGGUCCCGUUAGGAAAUUGGCAUAAGACUAAAUUUGGGGAUAUGGACAAGAAGAUUACGAUGUUUGAGGAAGAAAUCAAGAAGAUUGAUGACUUCGUAAGCAAUGGGGUGUAUGAUGGAACGAUGGAGGCCAGAAGGAAGGCGUUGGUUACUUGCUGUGAGAAGUGGUAUGUCAGGAAAGAAGUCCAUUGGAAGCAGAUGUCCCGGUCUCGUCAAGCGAAGGAGAUAGACAAAAAUACAAGAUACUUUCACAACAUAGCUUCAGCAAGACAGAGGAACAAUAGGAUUGAUACAUUGCUAAUCAAUGGUAGACUGGUCAAGAACCAAGCUAGAAUAAAUAUUGCUAUUAAGGAAUACUACAAGGAGUUAUAUUGCCAGGAUAAGUCUCCUAUGCUGAGCUUCAGAGAUGGUUUGGUAAGUAGGAUAGAGCAGGAAGAGUCUGAAAAUUUGGAGGCGAUGCCGACGGCUGAGGAAAUCAGAGAAGCUGUGUGGGAUUGUGAGUCUUCGAAGGCACCAGGGUGCGACGGGUACAACAUGAAUUUUGUCAAGAGGUGUUGGGGGUGA